AUGGAUGGUAAAGAAUUUAUCUCUAAAAUCAAAUUAAGUAAUUAUGUAUAAUUUCAAUUUUCAAAGUAUGGUGAUUUAUUCCAUAUUCUUUAAGUAUCAAGCUAUAAAAAUGAUGGAUUGAUCUCACUUUAGACAAUUCACCUCAAUUACAAUUAACUCCAAAUCUUUGCAAAGUCUAUUCUAUUUUUUAGCAUAACUUUUUAGAUACUUUUUGUUUUAUAGUUUAAGACUGAAAAAAAAGUAGAAGAAAUUCAAUAUUAAAAAAAAAAGAAGAAGAUGUAUUGCACUUAUGAAGAGAAAGAAGAUCUAUAUGAGAUUUUCGCUUACCUUAAAGAUGUUGAUGAAUAAAUAUUCAGAGUGAUAAUUGAAAUGUUUAGAAAAGAAAAAAUUUCAGAUUGUCUAGGAUAUCUUUUAAUUAUUGAGAAUCAAAAGAAUGACGAAUAAUACAUUUUACAAAUAGACAAUUUAUCUAUUGAAGAUAAGGAAUAGAAGCUAAUUUUUGUAAGAAAUAACAUUAAGAUAAUCAGUAAUAUUCUCAACUAAAUUAAAAAUCAUGACUUUAAUAAAAGUGACUAUUCCUCAGAAAUCUAUUUUGAAAAAGAGAAGAUCUAAUUAAACAGAUAUCUUAAGAAAAGAAGAUUAUCAUUUUUUUACGAUUCCUAGUUCACCUCACAGCUGUAUAUAAUAAAUUCAUAUAAUGUGGUUCUAAUUCACUACACUUAUUAGGAAAAAUUAGGAUUGAUCUAAAGAAUGAAUCUUUUGAAAAUAUAAAGAUUAAAAACACUUCCUUAGUUGGAAUUAAUUUUGUCAGAUGCAAUUUGAGUGGAUCUGAAUUUGAAAAUGUAGAUAUAAGCGGUAUGAAUUUGAAUGGAGCUUAAUUACUCUAUUGCAAAUGGAAGAACUUAAAAUUCCAUGAGCUCUAUAAAUUGGAUGGUCAUACUGAUUAUGUCAAAUCAGUAUGCUUCUCUCCAGAUGGUACUAUAUUAGCAUCUGGUAGUGCAGAUAACUCUAUCCAUUUAUGGGAUGUUAAGACAGGAUAAUAAAAAGCCAAAUUUGAUGGUCAUACUAGUUCUGUUUAUUCAGUAAGCUUUCUUGAUGGUACUACAUUAGUAUCUGGUAGUGAUGAUAAGUCUAUCAUUUUAUGGGAUGUGAAGACUGGAUAAUAAAAUGCCAAAUUGGAUGGUCAUACUCAUUAUGUCCUAUUAGUAUGCUUCUCUCCAGAUGGCUCUACAUUAGCCUCUGGUAGUUAUGAUAAGUCAGGUUAAUAAAAAGCCAAAUUAAAUGGUCAUAAUAAUGGAAUCCUUUCAGUAUGCUUCUCUCCUUAUGGUACGAAAUUAGCAUCUGGCAGUUACGACAAGUCAAUCUGUUUAUGGGAUGUUAAAACAGGAUAAUAAAAAGUCAAAUUAGAUGGUCAUAGUAUUGGAAACCUAUCAGUAUGUUACUCACAUGAUGGUACUAUAUUAGCUUCUGGUAGUAAUGAUAGGUCUAUCCGUUUAUGGGAUGUUAAGACAGGAUAGAUGGCCAUAGUAAUGGAAUCCUUUCAGUAUGCUUCUUUCCUGAUGGUACUAGAUUAGCUUCUUCUAGUGACGAUAACUCUAUCCAUUUAUGGGAUCUCCAGACAAGAGAAGGUAUUCAACCCACAGCUAAAAUUUAUAAAAAUAUCUGGCAUAAUUUAAACAACCCCUUAUUUAAAGCAAUCUUUUUUAAUAAUGUUGUAUUUAUUUUUAAUAUUAUUUAGUUAACACUAAUUUUCCUAUUCUGAUUAUAUCCUAAUAUCCAUAUUUAUUAGCAAAAGGAGCAUUACUUUUUUAAGGAUAAUUUAUUACUUCUUUGGGCCAAAAUUUACAGAAAUUAUUUAUAUAAAGAGGAGGUUGUAUUUUGGAAAGCUAAUUAAAAUUUUAAUAAAAGACAAUUUAAAAUUGAAUAUUAACAAGAACAUUAUAGAAUAUCAAUGA